AUGGAAAUGACUUUGGAGUCUCUUUGCCAGGCUAAGGUUCUAAUUAGCUCAAUAAAAUUUCAUUCUAAAGCAUAUCUUCUUCUUUCUAAUUCAGUCCCUUUUCAGUCCUGCAAGACCAACACCUUUCUUAGAAUCAAACCAUUAAAGAAACACUCAAGUCUUGGAGUUGUACAUGCUUCUGAAUCUGAGAGCACCUCAACUGAUGUUGCCGAAAGGUGGCUUCUUGAACCUGUUGGUGAUGGAGAUACAAGGCACAUUGGUUAUAAAGUUCCAAUGCCAGAUGCAUUCGAAAUUACUUCUAGUGAGGUAACCGUUGGCCGUCUUCCCGAGAAGGCAGACAUGGUGAUUCCAGUUGCAACAGUAUCUGGGUUGCACGCCCGUAUUCAGAAGAAAGAAGGGAGUCUGUUGGUUACAGAUCUGGACAGUACAAAUGGGACAUUUAUUGAUGAGAAGCGACUCAGACCUGGAGUUGCUGCCGCUGCAUCAUCCGGGAAUUGUAUUACAUUUGGUAUGAUAUGAUUUCUCUAACUUAAUCCCAAUUUGCUGCAUUCUUAAGUUGCAUUUUUGGUUACUCAA